AUGUCCGAUCACAGUACUACGACCCAUGCUACGGCGUCCGCGGGAACCGACGCGCUCCGCAACCCUAGUCCAGUGGUGCGGGCGAAUAGUAUUCGAGCUGGACUACUCAAUCGUGGAAGGACUCCCGGUAUUGGAUGCUGGAAUGUACGAACAUUCCUGGACCCUGGUACCCAAAGUCUGACCGCACGCAGCCUUCAUCAGUACAACGUGGAUAUCUGCUGUCUGUCUGAGGUACGACUCCCUGACUCGGGCUCUCGUGAAAUAAAGAUCCCGGGAGUUGAAUCCCACUUCACCCUGUACCACAGCGGCCCCCGCGAUUCCUCUGGUCGACACGGUGUGGCGAUCGCCUUAUCACAACAAGCGGAGCUUACGCUACUUGCUUGGGAACCAGUAAAUGACCGGAUGGCCUACGUGCGACUGAAGGGUCACUUCACGAACAUCUCCAUCGUCGCUGUGUACGCACCAACUUCGGCUGCCGAACAGCGCGAUAAAGAGGCGUUUUACUCUCAGUUGCAACCGCUAGUUGAAAGACUGCCUCGCCGCGAUCUGCUGAUUGUUGCUGACGAUUGGAAUGGUCGAACUGGACCUGGCGACCCCACAACCAGUCAUCUUCUUGGCCGUUUUGGGCUUGGUUCUCGAUGUGAAAAUGGUGAGAGAUUGCUGAACUUCGCUGAUCGAAACCGACUGCUUGUCACUAACACAUACUUCCAGCAUCGAAAAAAACAUCUGCUGACCUGGUAUUCAAACGACGGUCGUACGGCCAGUCAGACUGACUACAUACUAGUUAGCUCAAGGUUCCGCAGCUGGCUUCACGAUAGCAGAUCGAUGCGUGGUGCCGAGACUGGUAACACCCAUGGGUCGGAUCAUGUCCUCGUCCGUACACGCCUGAAAGUUCACCUCUCAUCCGCACCAAAAAUGCCACGUCCUAGACGCCUCAAUGUCGCAAAAAUCCGGCAAGCCAGCACUGCCGAGGCCCUAAGCAGAGAAAUCCGGACCUGUUUUACGGCCCGAGUCGACGGAGAAGUCAGUAACCAGUGGUCGUCACUGAAGACAUCAGUCUAUGGGGCAGCUGAGAAAAUCCUUGGAUACACCCAGCGACGCCGCAGUGACUGGAUCAGUGGAAGAACCUGCAGUUGUCUGCUCAGACGGCUAGAGCCAGGUCCCGCAACGAUGACUACUUCCGCCAACUUCGGAAGAUGA